AUGAUAAUGUAAUUCAUGCCAUACUUACACUAUUCACAGUGACAACUGGUGAGGGGUGGCCAGCAGUACUUAAAAAUUCUAUUGAUUCAACAGUUGCUGAUCGUGGUCCAUCACCAGAUUUUCGUCAAGAGAUGGCUAUUUUCUAUGUGGUCUUCUUUAUUGUAUUUCCAUUCUUUUUUGUAAAUAUUUUUGUGGCACUUAUUAUUAUUACUUUUCAAAAUCAAGGUGAAAAUGAGCUAAUUGAAUUAGAUUUAGAUAAAAAUCAAAAACGCUGUAUUGAUUUUGCUAUUAAUGCUCGCCCAUUAUGUCGGUAUAUGCCAAAAGAUAGACGUUCAUUGAAAUAUCGAGUAUGGCGUCUUGUUGUCUCGACACCAUUUGAAUAUUACAUCAUGGUUAUGAUUGCAAUUAAUACUUUAAUUUUAAUGAUGAAGUAUCAUCGUCAAGAACAAAAGGCGUAUUUUACUGCUUCCGUUGAUACUGAACAACAAGCUUAUCAUAACUAUUGUAAUACACUAUUGUAUUUCAAUUCUGCUUUCACUGUUAUGUUCUCUGUGGAAUGUAUGCUGAAAAUUAUGGCUUUUGGACCAAAGAAUUAUUUCCGUGAUCGUUGGAAUAUUUUUGAUUUUAUUACAGUUAUAGGAAGUAUUACUGAUGUAUUAGUUUCUGAAUUACAAGAAUCAGCAUUUUUGAGUUUAGGAUUUCUACGUCUUUUUCGUGCAGCACGUUUAAUUAAAUUAUUACGUCAGGGUUAUAGUAUACGUAUUAUUUUAUGGACAUUUAUUCAAUCAAUUAAAGCAUUACCAUAUGUUUGUUUACUGAUUACAAUGUUAUUUUUUAUCUACUGUAUUGUUGGUAUGCAGGUUUUUGGUAAUAUUAAAACAGAUCCACAUUCUCAAUUAAAUAAUCAUAAUAAUUUUCAAACAUUUGGAGAUGGGAUACUUUUAUUAUUUAGAUGUGCAACUGGUGAGAAUUGGCAAGAAAUUAUGCUCGAUUGUGCAGCUGGUAAAGAAUGUGAAGGUUCUGGUGAAUCAUGUGGAAGCUCAUAUACAUAUUUAUAUUUUUCAACAUUUAAUUUUUUAUGCUCAUUUAUCAUGUUAAAUUUAUUUGUAGCUGUUAUUAUGGAUAAUUUUGAUUAUUUAACUAGAGAUUCUUCUAUAUUGGGUCCACAUCAUUUAGAUGAAUUUGUUCGUGUUUGGGCUGAAUAUGAUCCAGGUGCUACAGGUCUUAUUCAUCAUCGUGAUGUAUAUGAAAUGCUUAGAAACAUGGAACCACCAGUUGGAUUUGGUAAAAAUUGUCCAUAUCGUUUAGCUUACCGAAAAUUAAUUCGAAUGAAUAUGCCAGUAGAUGAAAAUGGUUGCGUUAAUUUCACAACAACAUUAUUAGCUUUAAUACGCGAAUCAUUAGGCAUUAAAACGGGACCAACUGAAAUAAUGGAUCAACGUGAUAUGGAAUUAAAAGAAACCAUUUGUAAAUUAUGGCCUGUUCAUGGGAAAAAAAUGCUUAAUUUGCUUGUACCUCCAGAUUCAGAGCUUGUCUAUCACAAAAUGACUGUUGGUAAAAUAUAUGCAAGUUAUCUUAUGAUUGAAAAUUGGAGAGCAACACGAGCCUUUCAAGGUAAAGGUGGAACUUCUAAAUCUGCCAGUAUAUUAGCACGAUUCUUUGGUGCAGUAAAACAAAAUGCUCAUCAUCCAAAUGUUAAUUCUGAAACGGAAGAUGAAAGAGGAAGCCCCGAACUCAAUGAAUUCUCAGAGAAAACAACAUCUGAAAAUAAGAAUCCAAGAAAGAGUAGGAAUUCAACUUUAGAUUACAAUGAUCCUAAUCGUCUUCUUACUCCACGAGGAUCAGAUUUCACAGAACACCGUAUGUAUCCAGCCAGUAGCCAAUUAAAGAAACAAUCUGGAAUGAAUGAAAUUGAUCAGACAAUAUCCAGUAAUAAAUCACAAUAUCUUAUUCAUGAUGAAAAUAAAACAACUGAACAAUAUCAAAAACACCCAACUCAUUUUAUUCGAAAUAAAAGAGAACAAGAAUAUUCUGGUCGUAAGUCAAGAUGUUAUCAACGUCAUUCCAAGUAUUUAAGAGAUAAUACUUAUCAUGAAAUACCUGAGGACUUUGAAGAAACUGACAAAAUAAAUGAAAGUAAUGAAGAAGUUUCAGAAAUCAAAUACCAGGGUCGUCUACCAAUGACUAGUCCAUCAAGAGCUUAUUAUGAAGAUCAACAUGAUCAGUAUUUUGACAAACCAGAUCAUUCUCAACUGUUGCGUAAAAAUAUUGAUGAACUAUAUAAUACUGAUGAAAUAAAAUACGUACCAUAUGAGAUUUCACAUGUAAAAGCAUUUUCUCAAAAGCCGUUAAUGUCUAGCAGAGAGUAUAGUAUUCAUUUGUCUCCAACUAGUGAUAUGAGAAGAACUGAUGAGCAUCAAAGUUUAGAAAAUGUGACUCCUAAAUAUAACGUAGAUUUUGUCAAAGAUGAAAGUGAAACGCCAUACUAUCAGUUACGUGAUAUGAAUACUCCUGAUUUUUACACCGCGUCGUAUACGGAUACCAAAACAGCUGGACAAAAACGUCCUUUGCAGCUUCCUCAUCAACAUUCAAUUCCUAUUUUCACAAAACAAAGAGACAUUAGAGGUGAACCAUUAUGGGGACUAAGAAAUAUGCCUCAUUUAACACGAAGUCCUAGUGUCGAAUAUACUUCAAAGUAUUCUCCUUGUGAACAGUUUUUAAAGCGACAACCAUAUGGUUAUGAUACCCCACUAAUUAAAAAUAGAUCUAAUCUUCAUCCAAAUCCCUGUAGUUCAAUAUUUUACCCUAUUCCACCUCCAUCAGGUUCACACAUAUCAAAUCUCAAAGCUCAUAGAUCAUUUGACACUAAUGAAAGCUUAGAAAUAUUUCCACAUGAAUUCACAUCUAACAUGCAUUUUCAACCAGUGCCUCCACCGACAAAUUAUGACUGGGAAGCAAAGUAUGCUGAUAAGUUGUACAGUCAUCAAAUAAAUGAAGAAUCAAUUGUUAAAAGUACAAAUAUAGGUAUAAAUCAACCUUCAAAUUUUGCAUCCACUUCACAUUUUGAUGAUUUUAAAUUAAAGAAAUCUUCUAUGCAUUUUCUUACACCACAAUUAAAAAGACAUUGUAUACCGCAUACUAUUACAACACAAAUAAAAAGACCUAAAAGACAAAUUCAUGCAACUGUAAUAAAUAUUAAUAAUGAUCCUAAUAUAUUUGAAUGUAAUACUACCACAAAUAUAAUCUCAACUACAAAUAAUACUUGUACAAAUGUUAUUUAUACAAGAUCAUAUGAAUUAUCAUCCAAUAUUUCAUCUUUACAUUCUGCUGACUUUCAUAAUCUACAACAAAAACUAAAUGAUUCUUCUAUUUCUUCCUCAUUAUUUCCUCAAUAUUACAAUUAUAUACCAAAAACAGAUUAUCAUCCAAUACAAUAUAAUGAUGUAUUAAAUGAAAAAUCAACAUUGAAUCAACCAGAAAAUUCAUCAUCAUGUUCAAAUGAUAAUAAUAAUAAUGAUGAUGAUGUGAUUUAAACAAACUCUUAUUAUUACUAUUAUUAUUAUUAUUAUUAAUGCUAUGAAAUUCAAUAUCUGUUUUUUUAUAUGAUACAGUUACGUAAUAAUCAUAUGUAAUAUAUAUAUUUUUGGAAAAUAUUUAAUAAUACUACUAACGAUAAUUAUCAGUAAUGUAAUUUCACUUAUGGUUUAUGAAUUCAAAUUAGCUUCCUAUUUUUAUCACUUAUUAUCUAAGUGAUUUGUAUGAAUAUUUUUGUGUAUAAACAAUCAAUUAACCUAUUUCAUAAUUCAUAAUCAACAAAUAAACCAAUGAAUAAAUAAAUUAAAUUAAUUUAUG